UACAAUGCACUAGCGUACACUUUCUAUUUCAAUACGUGGCUCUUACAUGUCGGGUUGGGAUAAAUGAUGUAUAAACUAGUCACACGAGGGCGUUGUAAUAACUACAUGCACGUUUACUGUGUAUACUUUAAAUAUUUCGCAGAAUACAGUGGAUUAGGAAAUAUCAACUUGCACCUUUAUUACCGUACUGUUGGGUGACGCACAAAAAGGAAAUGACGACCGUCUGGCAGCAUUUGGAAUCCUUCGCCGACACGAACCUUAAGAUGCUUGAUGAUGGGUAUUUGUGUGACAUCAUAUUAGCUGCCGGCAACGACCUCAAACGUCUAAAAUGUCACAAAUUCAUUCUUGCCAGCCGCAGUCCGGUGUUCCAUGCCAUGUUUUGCGGCACUCUCGCUGAAUCAAGUGACGUUAUAAACAUACCGGAUAUCGAAGAGCCUAUACUGCGGAUUCUAGUAAGAUAUUUAUAUAGCGGAAAAGUAGACCUUACCGCGGACAACGUCAUGCCUUUGAUAUACGCUGCGAAGAAAUACGAUGCUUCUGGUUUGGAAACCAUGUGUGAGUUAUUCUUGAAAGAAAUUGUAGAAACACGUAAUGUUUGUACAAUCCUUGAUCAGGCCAUACGUUUUGACUGCCAAAAUCUAAAACAUCAUUGCUUAGACUUAAUACAAUAUAACUCGAAAGGCGUUUUUGAAUCUGACGCCUUUGUUGAAAUGUCAAUGAAAGGACUUAAAAAAGUUUUAGAAAUGAACAAAAUGUUGUCAAGUGAAUGUGAAGUGUACUUGGCCUGCAAGCGAUGGGCCUCAAAGAGGAUUGAAUCCACUGGACAACAGGCAACAGGAGAACACAUUCGGAAUGAAUUGGGAGACGAGAUUAUCAACCUUAUAAGAUUCCCUAGCAUGACUUCAGAAGAGUUCACGGAUGUUGUGUCUAAUGAUGAUGUUCUCACUAAAGAAGAAUUAGUCUCCGUUUAUCAAACAAUAUCAAAAAAGACAAAUGGCUCGAAGUUUAAGAAGGAUCCUAGAGGAAUGACAUGUGAAAAAUACCUGUUUGUCAGAACGGUUGAGGUUGGUGCAAGUAAUAAACCAUGGAAAUAUAAUGGCAAGCAAGAUGGUCUCACUUUCACAGUUUUAAAUGAAUGUAAAAUGACAGCUAUUGAUAUGUUUCUUCCCCUAUCAGAAGGUUCUGUUGAUGGCAUAUUGGAGAUUUUGGAAGGUACUAAAAUUAUACAUUCACAAAAUGUUAAGUUGUGUUACACUCCUGGACUGCAGCACAAACUCAUAAGUCUUGACAAACCAAUUCAUCUUAUUGGUCAGCAGGAAUAUUCGAUCAGACAGAGAAUGAAUGGAGCAAGUGUGUAUAGAUGCACUUCUGGUGUAGCGCAAAUUAGCGUUCAAAAUGUCACUUUGAGGUUGGUCAACUUGACGGUCGGAACAAGUGAUAAUGGAACGACCGUUGACAUCGGCCAAUUUUACGGAUUUGAGCUUUUAAUAAUAACAUUCGACUGACAAGUAAGGCCUUUUUAAUGAAAAAUAAUCUUGACAGUUUCAUGGGUUUGCACUUUUAAUCAAUACAUUUGACUUGCAUGUAAAGCAUGUAAUGUGAAGCAUGCUUUCAUAAAAUACAUAUCUGACUAUCGUCCUUUAUUUGUGUAUUUGGCAUACUUUUAAUUUGCAGGUUAGGCUGGAUAUGUUUGUAAUAAUGUUUCUUGCAAUAUGCAACUAAACGAAAUAUGUGAAUUUAUAUAUGAAAGAGCCCUCUAAACAUUUGACCAACUAAACGAAAUAUGUGAAUGUAUAUAUGAAAGAGCCCUCUAAACAUUUGACCAUGCACGUGGAUGAAGAGUGGCUUCCUGAUUAAACACAUACUAAAAGCAGCCAAGAAGCCCAUUGUAUUUAAACAUUGUGUUGUGCUACUGCAAUCUAAAAUUUAGUCGGCCUGUAAGCUAAUACAUGUCUGUCAAAAUAUGUUUAAAUAUGUAUGAAUUUAAACAGAAACGAUUUUUUACAAAGUGUUUAACACCACAUGAAUGACAAAUGUUUUGCUGAGAGACUGAUGAGGCGUGUUUCGGAAUCUCAACAAUAGGACACCGCUACCGGACAUGAUGAUUUUGAUAUUGUGUUCAUGGCUUAGAUGUGUGCUCUCUUUAAGAGGAAAAAUUAUCUGUGUGACAACCAAGAAUUUAAGCCAUCAAACAGAGACCAUGUUUAGUAAUAAGGCAUCUGGGAGCUAAACGCUGCAAAUAUAUAUAUUAGAAGUGUUUAAUUGCCUAGAUACGCAUAGUACUGUUGCCUUUUCAUCUUACAUAUAAGGCUUCAUGUAAUACGUGAAAAUAGAUCACAAAUAAUAGCAAUAUUUAAAUGAAUGCGCUUGACGGUCGGACAAAUGGUACAUUGUCCAGAGCACAAACAUGCCUCAGCUUUAUUUGGAUCAAUUAUUCUGAUCAAAGCAUCAUAGAAUCCAU